AUGAAUACUUUAACAAAAAUAGCAAAAAAUUUUUGUAAAUAGAUUAAAGAAAAAAAAGACGAUUUCUUAAGCAGUGAUAGAUAUAUUUAUGCAAGACAAAAACUUCAAAUAAUUAAUGAUCCAAAGUUUAUUCAGAAAACUAUCAAAAUAGAACAAUCUGCUAAAGCUAAAAAUUAUUAUUUAACAAGUAAGCAAUUUCCUGUUUUACUUUGUGCAGGAACAUUAUUUUUCUAUCACUUAUGGUAAGUAAUGCCAUAUUCCAAAAUAUUUAAACAUACCUCUAUAAGUGAAUAUACAAAAGAUCUUCUAUACCCUAUUUUAUUGGCUCCUUCAUCUCAUCAAACAACAUAAUCCUUUUUGACAUAUGCACCUGCUUUAGUAUGUGGAUUAUAUUUAAAUGGUUAUUAUAUGAAUUACAAAGGAAUGAUAGGAUUGUACUUAAUAAAUAGUUUAGUAUAUAUAUUUAAUUAUUAAGCUAAGUAGUGCUGUAACGUAUUACUAUGAAAAAUAUCGAAAUGAAUAAUUGGGAAUUUCAAUGAUUUCACCAAAGACAACUGGAGCUUGCACACCUUUAGCAUAUAUCUUUUCAUUUGUUGUACUUUAACCUGACUAUAUGAUAAAAGUACAUAUAUUGCAUUACCUUAGAAAAAACUUCCUUUUGCAAUUUUUCCAUUUUUGUAUUUAAUAUAUGAAAGUGAAGAAUUUUUAAUGGAUGAUCAAUAAAAUUGUAGACCAGCUCAUAUAACAUCUAUAAUUUUAGGAACUACAUAUGGGCUUAUCUUUAAAAAAUAUUAUAAAUUUUUAUGA